CUGAACUGCUCAUUAAGGCCUUCAUCCUCAGCAGGUCCUGACCAGCAAAUUUGCCAACUCUUAUUUGGCAUUUUGUUGUUUUAUUAGUGCUGUAUUUUAUCUGGUUCGUAUCUAGCCGUGUCCGUGUUCUGCCAUGCUUUAUAGAUGGCAUCCAUGGGCCCUGGAUCUUAAUUCAGCCAAGAAAAAGACACAGGACAAUUGUUCUGCAGGGGGGAAAUUGGGAAAAUUCAUUAAUGAGGAAAUUGGUGGUUUAUGUUUGAGAGAGUGAAAGGCAAACUCUUCAAGCCAAGAAAGGAGAGCUGUUUCUUGUCCAAGGCAAUAGCAGGACAAACUACAUGCCAAAGAGAGAGUGAGGGAAAGAGGCAGCCAAAGAGAGCUGUUAGGAGAUACAGAGGGGCGAAGUGGGACUUAAAGAUAGGAACGGGGAAGAAAAAUUUCACUUAAGGGUGAAAUCUCCAAACAGAAAUAAUGGAAGAUGUCUCUGUGUGUAUGCUGUAAGAACAUUUGAGAUUUGAAUGGCCAGUGGAUGCGAGGCUGCUGCAGUCAUGGCCAUGCUGUGUGAGAGGAGUAUUUCUUGUAGGACUGUAAGAGUGGGGUGAGCACUGUAUGACAGGAGGGGGCUAAAUCAAGAAAGAGGAAAAGAAAAAAAGCAAUGACUGGGAAUAGGGAACCUCCUAGUCAAACCUCAGAGUGGUUAAGAGGCAGUGCCUGAGGUGUUAACUGGGAAGAUGUAUAUUGGGCUGUUGCCAGGUUACAGACCUCAUCUUGCCAGUGCUGGAAUCGAGAACUCUUCCCUUAGGAAACGCAGCCACCUCCUCGCAUCACGGAGGCCCAGCAUGAAUGUUAACUGUGCUGGUGGGACAGACUGGUCAAGAAGUCUGGAGUCCAGUUGCUCUGUGGAAAACAUAACUGUAGCAGUCCAUGAGUCAGAAGAAAGUAAUGUGGUGCUAGGAGGUCACAACCCUGCUGCAGUUCCCAGGACUGAGAGUUUAGAUUCUGAUUGUCGACACACUGCUUAUCCAGUAAGUCCCCAGAUCAGUAGCAUGUUGUCUGCUCCUGAAGACACGCACAGUUGUCAUUUCCAAGAAGGAAAUAAGAGACAGUCAGAAUAUUUUAAUACCCCGGAACGCCAUGGAUGCUGCGCUUUGUCUUCAAGCAACAAUUCACAAACAGUUUCUGCAGAGAAAGUGACACUUGUGGUAGAUGGCACUCGCUUUGCAGUGAAUCCACAGAUUUUCACUGCUCACCCUGAUACUAUGCUGGGAAGAAUGUUUGGACCAGGAAGAGAAUAUAAUUUCACCAGGCCAAAUGAAAAAGGAGAAUAUGAAAUCGCAGAAGGAAUUAGCUCAGCUGUAUUCCGGACUGUGCUGGAUUAUUACAAAACCGGAAUCAUUAACUGUCCUGAUGGGAUUUCCAUCCCAGACCUUCGAGACACAUGUGAUUAUCUCUGCAUAAACUUUGAUUUCAACACAAUCAAAUGUCAAGAUUUAAGUGCUCUGUUACACGAGCUCUCCAAUGAUGGUGCUCACAAGCAGUUUGAUAGCUACCUGGAGGAGCUGAUUCUGCCUAUAAUGGUGGAUAGUGCAAGGAAAGGGGAACGUGAAUGCCAUAUUGUCGUGCUGACAGACGAAGACACCGUGGACUGGGAUGAAGAUCAUCCACCUCCGAUGGGAGAGGAGUACUCACAAAUUCUUUACAGUUCCAAGCUGUACAGAUUCUUCAAGUACAUUGAGAACCGUGAUGUUGCGAAAGCUGUAUUAAAGGAACGGGGCCUGAAAAAUAUUCGCAUUGGCAUUGAAGGAUAUCCCACCUGUAAAGAGAAGGUGAAGAGGAGGCCUGGUGGCCGGUCAGAAGUGAUCUACAACUACGUCCAACGGCCGUUCAUCCAGAUGUCGUGGGAAAAGGAAGAGGGCAAAAGCCGUCACGUUGAUUUCCAGUGUGUUCGGAGCAAAUCUCUAACAAACCUAGUCACUGUGGGGGAUGACGUUUCAGAGGACCAUGAGGUUAUAAUGCAUCACCCUCCACAAGUAGAUGAACUUGACAGGCUAAACUCACCGUUCUCCCAAAUGGCUGUUAACGAUCUACCAGAUUAGUCCUGGCUCAGGGUGGAUAGUCCUGCUUGGUGUGGGAAUGUCUCAGCAUAGUUUCAUCCCAGGUGAUGGAACACAGACUCCUGCAAGGUGCUUUAUCCUCGUUGAUGCUCUUACUACAUUGUCAUAUUUCAAGCAUGUUAAUAAAGAGCCACACUCCA